AUUUUAUAAAUCUCCAUAUUCAUCUUCAAUGAGAAAAGUAAUUCUCAUUUAUCUAUUUUUCAUCUCAAUCCAACCAUGAACAUCAUAGAAAGACUGUUAACAUCAACAACGUUUCCACUCGAAGAACACGAAGUCAUUCAACUCUGCUUUCAAGCUCGACAAGUGUUUUUGCAACAUCCAAUGCUUCUAGAGCUAUCAGUUCCGAUUACAAUAUGCGGUGAUAUACAUGGACAGUUUGAUGAACUUCGUCGAAUCUUCGAGCUUGGCGGAAUGCCAAGUAACACAAAAUACUUAUUUCUUGGGGAUUAUGUUGAUCGUGGCCCGAAGCAAUUGGAAACAAUUUGUUUACUAUUCGCUUUUAAAGUUCUUUAUCCUGAAACUUUUCAUUUGUUGCGCGGUAAUCAUGAGAGUGAAAGUGUCUGCAGCUAUUAUGGCUUUUUGGAUGAGUGUCUGAGCAAAUUAAAUAAAAAUGUUUUCGAUGUCUUCGUGACUGUCUUUGACUGCAUGCCAGUCGCUGCAAUUGUCGAGAAUAAGAUGUUCUGUGUUCAUGCUGGAAUAAGUCCGGAAUUGAUGUCGUUUGAUCAAAUUAGGAAUAUUGUCAGACCAGUACAAAUACCUGACUAUGGAUUAUUAUGUGACUUAGUGUGGAGUGAUCCUGACAUUACAACGAGGAAUUGGAAGCAAAAUAGUAAUCGUGGUAUAAGCUGGUAUUAUGGACCACAAGCUGUAACUGACUUCUUCAGGGAUUUCAAUAUGGAAGUGAUUGUUCGUGCACACGAAGUUGUUCCUGAAGGAUAUAAAUUUUUCGCAGGUCUUAAUUGUGUAACUUUAUUCUCAACGACGUCUGACAGUGGAAAUAAGGGUGCUUAUAUGUAUGUCAAUGAGGAAUCACACUGUACGAUUCACAAUAUUUAGGAAGAUGUAUUGGAAUGCUUUAUUUUUGGAAUGUAAGUUCUGUGAAUACAGCUAGUG